AUGUCGUUGACAAAUUGCCGUUUCUACGAGGAGAAGUAUCCGGAGGUUGACAGCUAUGUCAUGGUCAACGUGAAGCAGAUCGCCGAAAUGGGCGCAUACGUUAAGCUCCUCGAGUAUGACAACAUCGACGGCAUGAUUCUGCUCUCCGAAUUGUCGCGCAGACGUAUCCGCAGUAUCCAGAAGCUUAUUCGUAUCGGCCGUAACGAGGUCGUCAUCGUGCUUCGUGUGGACAAGGAGAAGGGUUAUAUCGAUCUUUCCAAGCGUCGAGUUUCUCCCGAAGAUGUUGUCAAGUGUGAGGAAAGAUACAACAAGAGCAAGGCUGUCCACUCCAUCAUGCGCCACGUUGCCGAGGCCACUCAGACCCCUCUUGAGACCCUAUACCAGCAGAUCGGAUGGCCCUUGAACCGCAAAUAUGGACACUCCCACGAUGCGUUCAAGAUCUCCAUCACGAACCCCGACGUGUGGAACGAGGUUGAAUUCCCUAACGAGAACGUGAAGAAGGAGUUGACGCACUACAUCAGCAAGAGACUUACUCCUCACCCGACCAAGGUCCGUGCCGAUAUUGAGGUUACUUGCUUCGGUUACGACGGUAUCGAUGCGGUCAAGGAGGCCCUGCGCACCGCCGAGGCCCACAACACCCCCGAGACCCAGAUCAAGGUUAAGUUGGUUGCCCCGCCACUUUACGUCUUGACCAGCCAGUGCUUGGACAAGGCCAUUGGUAUUCAAAUGCUCGAGGAGGCUAUUCAAAGGAUUGAGGCCAAGAUCAAGGAGUCUGGCGGUGGUUGCAUUGUCAAGAUGGCUCCCAAGGCUGUUACUGAGCACGAUGAUGCUGCCCUCCAGGAGCUCAUGGAGAAGCGUGAGCGUGAGAACAUGGAAGUCAGCGGUGACGAGAGCAUGUCCGAGAGCGAUGAGGGCGUUCCUGAGUAA